UUGCAGCUGGGUAACGCGCGUGGACACAAAAGAAUGGGCGAGGGCGGGUCGCCAGGCGGCGGCGGCAGUGGCGCGCGGCUGUCGCACACGUCUGAGAAGCACCCACGCGCCAUCCUCGGCGAGCUGUCAGCUCUGCGGAGGCACAGGGAACUAUGCGAUGUCGUGCUCAAUGUUGCCAACCGUAAAUUAUUCGCUCACAGAGUAAUACUGUCAGCAUGUAGUCCAUAUUUCCGGGCGAUGUUCACGGGCGAGCUGGCAGAAUCACGGGCUACUGAGGUGACGAUCCGCGAUGUCGACGAGCAAGCCAUGGAGCAGCUUGUCGAGUUUUGCUACACAGCACAUAUAGUUGUCGAGGAGAGUAAUGUACAGGCACUUUUGCCAGCGGCGUGCCUUCUACAGUUGCAAGAAAUUCAAGAUGUUUGUUGCGAGUUCCUCAAGAGGCAACUCGAUUGUUCUAAUUGCCUUGGAAUACGAGCCUUCGCCGAUACACACUCUUGCCGAGAACUUCUUCGCAUAGCUGAUAAGUUCACACAACAGAAUUUUCCUGAGGUGAUGGAAAGUGAAGAGUUCCUUCUUUUACCCGCUGCGCAGUUGAUUGAUAUAGUGUCUUCCGACGAAUUGAAUGUGAGAUCAGAGGAGCAAACAUUCCAGGCCGUCAUGUCCUGGGUCAAAUAUAACGUGGCCGAAAGGCGGCAGCAUUUGGCGCAAGUGCUGCAGCACGUGCGGCUGCCGCUGUUGAGCCCCAAGUUCCUGGUGGGCACGGUGUCGUCGGAGCUGCUGGUGCGCUCGGACGACGCGUGCCGCGACCUGCUGGACGAGGCCAAGAACUACCUGCUGCUGCCGCAGGAGCGUCCGCUCAUGCAGGGCCCACGCACGCGCCCGCGCAAGCCCAGCCGCAGAGGCGAGGUGCUGUUCGCGGUGGGCGGGUGGUGCUCGGGCGACGCCAUCGCGUCGGUGGAGCGCUUCGACCCGCAGAGCGGCGAGUGGAAGAUGGUGGCGCCCAUGUCCAAGCGGCGCUGCGGCGUGGGCGUGGCCGUGCUGCACGACCUGCUGUACGCGGUGGGCGGCCACGACGGCCAGAGCUACCUCAACAGCAUCGAGCGCUACGACCCACAGACCAACCAGUGGUGCGGCGCGGUGGCGCCCACGUCGUCGUGCCGCACGUCGGUGGGCGUGGCCGUGCUGGACGGCGCGCUGUACGCCGUGGGCGGGCAGGACGGCGUGCAGUGCCUCAACCACGUCGAGCGGUACGACCCCAAGGACAAUCGCUGGACCAAGGUACGUGCCCGUGCUGGACGGCGCGCUGUACGCCGUGGGCGGGCAGGACGGCGUGCAGUGCCUCAACCACGUCGAGCGGUACGACCCCAAGGACAACCGCUGGACCAAGGUACGUGCCCGUGCUGGACGGCGCGCUGUACGCAGUGGGCGGGCAGGACGGCGUGCAGUGCCUCAACCACGUCGAGCGGUACGACCCCAAGGACAACCGCUGGACCAAGGUACGUGGCCGUGCUGGACGGCGCGCUGUACGCCGUGGGCGGGCAGGACGGCGUGCAGUGCCUCAACCACGUCGAGCGGUACGACCCCAAGGACAACCGCUGGACCAAGGUACGUGGCCGUGCUGGACGGCGCGCUGUACGCAGUGGGCGGGCAGGACGGCGUGCAGUGCCUCAACCGCGUCGAGCGGUACGACCCCAAGGACAACCGCUGGACCAAGGUACGUGCCCGUGCUGGACGGCGCGCUGUACGCCGUGGGCGGGCAGGACGGCGUGCAGUGCCUCAACCACGUCGAGCGGUACGACCCCAAGGAGAACCGCUGGACCAAGGUACGUGCCCGUGCUGGACGGCGCGCUGUACGCCGUGGGCGGGCAGGACGGCGUGCAGUGCCUCAACCACGUCGAGCGGUACGACCCCAAGGACAACCGCUGGACCAAGGUACGUGCCCGUGCUGGACGGCGCGCUGUACGCCGUGGGCGGGCAGGACGGCGUGCAGUGCCACAACCACGUCGAGCGGUACGACCCCAAGGACAACCGCUGGACCAAGGUACGUGCCCGUGCUGGACGGCGCGCUGUACGCCGUGGGCGGGCAGGACGGCGUGCAGUGCCUCAACCACGUCGAGCGGUACGACCCCAAGGACAACCGCUGGACCAAGGUACGUGCCCGUGCUGGACGGCGCGCUGUACGCCGUGGGCGGGCAGGACGGCGUGCAGUGCCUCAACCACGUCGAGCGGUACGACCCCAAGGAGAACCGCUGGACCAAGGUACGUGGCCGUGCUGGACGGCGCGCUGUACGCCGUGGGCGGGCAGGACGGCGUGCAGUGCCUCAACCACGUCGAGCGGUACGACCCCAAGGACAAUCGCUGGACCAAGGUACGUGCCCGUGCUGGACGGCGCGCUGUACGCCGUGGGCGGGCAGGACGGCGUGCAGUGCCUCAACCACGUCGAGCGGUACGACCCCAAGGACAAUCGCUGGACCAAGGUACGUGCCCGUGCUGGACGGCGCGCUGUACGCCGUGGGCGGGCAGGACGGCGUGCAGUGCCUCAACCACGUCGAGCGGUACGACCCCAAGGACAAUCGCUGGACCAAGGUACGUGCCCGUGCUGGACGGCGCGCUGUACGCCGUGGGCGGGCAGGACGGCGUGCAGUGCCUCAACCACGUCGAGCGGUACGACCCCAAGGACAAUCGCUGGACCAAGGUACGUGCCCGUGCUGGACGGCGCGCUGUACGCCGUGGGCGGGCAGGACGGCGUGCAGUGCCUCAACCACGUCGAGCGGUACGACCCCAAGGACAAUCGCUGGACCAAGGUACGUGCCCGUGCUGGACGGCGCGCUGUACGCCGUGGGCGGGCAGGACGGCGUGCAGUGCCUCAACCACGUCGAGCGGUACGACCCCAAGGACAAUCGCUGGACCAAGGUACGUGCCCGUGCUGGACGGCGCGCUGUACGCCGUGGGCGGGCAGGACGGCGUGCAGUGCCUCAACCACGUCGAGCGGUACGACCCCAAGGACAAUCGCUGGACCAAGGUACGUGCCCGUGCUGGACGGCGCGCUGUACGCCGUGGGCGGGCAGGACGGCGUGCAGUGCCUCAACCACGUCGAGCGGUACGACCCCAAGGACAAUCGCUGGACCAAGGUACGUGCCCGUGCUGGACGGCGCGCUGUACGCCGUGGGCGGGCAGGACGGCGUGCAGUGCCUCAACCACGUCGAGCGGUACGACCCCAAGGACAAUCGCUGGACCAAGGUACGUGCCCGUGCUGGACGGCGCGCUGUACGCCGUGGGCGGGCAGGACGGCGUGCAGUGCCUCAACCACGUCGAGCGGUACGACCCCAAGGAGAACCGCUGGACCAAGGUACGUGCCCGUGCUGGACGGCGCGCUGUACGCCGUGGGCGGGCAGGACGGCGUGCAGUGCCUCAACCACGUCGAGCGGUACGACCCCAAGGACAAUCGCUGGACCAAGGUACGUGCCCGUGCUGGACGGCGCGCUGUACGCCGUGGGCGGGCAGGACGGCGUGCAGUGCCUCAACCACGUCGAGCGGUACGACCCCAAGGACAACCGCUGGACCAAGGUACGUGCCCGUGCUGGACGGCGCGCUGUACGCCGUGGGCGGGCAGGACGGCGUGCAGUGCCUCAACCACGUCGAGCGGUACGACCCCCAAGGACAACCGCUGGACCAAGGUACGUGCCCGUGCUGGACGGCGCGCUGUACGCCGUGGGCGGGCAGGACGGCGUGCAGUGCCUCAACCACGUCGAGCGGUACGACCCCAAGGACAAUCGCUGGACCAAGGUACGUGCCCGUGCUGGACGGCGCGCUGUACGCCGUGGGCGGGCAGGACGGCGUGCAGUGCCUCAACCACGUCGAGCGGUACGACCCCAAGGAGAACCGCUGGACCAAGAGAGUCUUAUAUCAUCAUUCGUUUGUUUAACUCCUCUCCUAACAUUCGCCCGCACAACCGCUGGACCAAGGUACGUGGCUGUGCUGGACGGCGCGCUGUACGCCGUGGGCGGGCAGGACGGCGUGCAGUGCCUCAACCACGUCGAGCGGUACGACCCCAAGGACAACCGCUGGACCAAGGUACGUGGCCGUGCUGGACGGCGCGCUGUACGCCGUGGGCGGGCAGGACGGCGUGCAGUGCCUCAACCACGUCGAGCGGUACGACCCCAAGGACAACCGCUGGACCAAGGUACGUGGCCGUGCUGGACGGCGCGCUGUACGCCGUGGGCGGGCAGGACGGCGUGCAGUGCCUCAAUCACGUCGAGCGGUACGACCCCAGGGACAACCGCUGGACCAAGGUACGUGGCCGUGCUGGACGGCGCGCUGUACGCCGUGGGCGGGUAG